UAAGUGUCGUUGAACUGUGUGGUAACGCUUUUGUUGUGAAAAGAAAUCGAGCCGGAAGUAUCGUUCCUGGUCGAGCUAGUGCAGCUAACGUCAGUAAUGGACCAGUCUGGAGAAAUAGCGUGGAGGCCUCCCCGGGUAUGUGAUGACUAUUGGAGUGAAUUCAGACACUGCAAAAGCUUGUGGAAUAAUUUCCACCACUACUACACUUACGGUACCUCCCCAUCCUGCCAGCAGUGGAAAGAGGACUACCAUAACUGCAGAGAGUGGGAAAAACACAGAGGCACUGAGGCAAAGGAAGCGUUGCAGAGGAGUGAAAGAGACAGAGUGGCAGAGCAGAGAAAGUUCACCCCAGUGUGGAAACUGAGAAAGGACCCACCCAGAGACUGGCACAUGCCUCUCAACCAGGAGAAGCCUCAGGACUCCUGAACUGCCACUAUUAACCUGCUGUAUCUGUUCCAUGGCGGCCAAAUCAAAGUGAAAUCAACUUUCGCAAUAUACAGUAUUUCACUUCAUGGACAUAAAAUCCUUAAGAGAUACAUGCUGGAGAGACUGGUCAUCAUGCCAACUCAGGUUGUGUUCAGAGCCACUAUAUGAAAACAGAUGGUGGGAGCAUCUAGUGGUCAGUGAUGAGGAUGACAACUAUUCAACCAGUGAAUUAUAAUAUGAUCUCUGCAAAGGCAGUGUUGUUUUUUGGCAGUCAUAAAUAAUAAAGUCUCCAAAGCUUGUGUAAACUGAA